CUUCAGGGUACAUUUCACCCUCCAGAACCAGCACACACACAGAGAGACAGACUGCAGUCCUUCAGCUCCUCUUCCUCACCUCAGAUCCACCAGCAGCAGGAUGACUUGUGAGAUCCAGAGAGACUCCGUGGAGCUACUGGAGCAGCCCGAAAACACUGAGGAGGAGCUGGUUGUGAGGAGAGGCGGCGUGUUCUGGCUCUUCAGCCUCGUGGUACGCACAUACCGCGGGUUCUGGUGGGUGUUGGGUUACCGGCAGCAGGAGAAAGCAGCAGCAGCCGUCGGUCCGUCGUCCUCCAGUCCAGCCCGGCAGAGCCUCGCCGGACGGAAGCGCCUCCACCGGGUCACCAGAGUCCUGCUCUCCAUCCUGCCCCGCUGGAUGCAGGGCGCUCUGGGCUACCCGGUGUCCAGCAGCAUCGGCCGCACACUCUCUCCAGAAAUCCAAGUCUCUCCUACUAAACCUUGUGGAAAGGGCAGCAAGCGAAAGCAGGAUGAGUUGGAUGAGGAGGAUGACGAGCAGAAUCAGACCUGGGUGGAGGCGCUCCAUCAGGAGCUCGUUGACGACGAAGGCCUCGAGGAAGAUCCUAACUAUGAGCCCAGUACCAUAGAGACUGAGAGUGAAGAGUACCGCUCGCACAACAGCACAGAAAGCGACAUUGAGGUUGAGGAGAAAGGCGUGGUCAUUGAGGACGUGAACACGAGUGUUGAGAUGUCCUCUCCAUCUGAAGUCUGUAGCCUGGCUGUUUAAUGUGUCAUAUUGACAAAAUGAUGUAUUGUUCCAGUGUUUUUGUAUGUUUAUAUAUUAAUUCAAUAAAACUGUCCUUUUGCCUUGA